GUUCGCCCCCUCUAACCCUGACCCCUGGGCCGACACCACUGCCCCCCUGACACCCAGGUCCCGCGUACAUCAUACAGAUCAGCUGACACGGCGGAGGUGAACGGCUUGCCUGUGUACGCCGCGCCACGCACACAAACACACACAUAUCCCAGCGGCGCGUACGUGGGUGUGGGGGGCGGCUCUCCCCAUCAUGCCAGCCACCCCCCCCACCCACCACCACCACCAACGUCACCCCCAGCCCCUUCCAGUCCCCCACCGGAACCAGACAAGCCGAUUCUUCUCCUUCAAUUCCGGAUCACAGACCUUAGAUCUCGGCCUGAGUUUCACCGUGCCCUUCCUGUCUAUUCCUGUCGGUUCCUUGCUAUCAUUCGGCAAUUCACUGACGACCAGCACCACCACCGCCCUAGGGUCUCUAAUGGAGAUCAAUUGGCCGUCUGUGUUGUUCAUAUGCGUGGCUGUGCUGGCUGCUGUUCUCUUAUUGCCAAAGAUAGCUACCGUUAUCUCAGCCCUUGUAUCUGGGGGCGUGGUCACCGGGUACUCAGGCGCCACAUCGUAUGAAGGCGCAUCCUACGGGCGUGGCGUUGAGACUGUUGACCCCGUGACCUCGAUUGUGACCCAGAUUGAGGAAGCCUUGGCGCAGUAUGACCUUGACGCCUCCUCCUGCGUACAGAGAGGCGUUUGUACCUUCAUGUCCUCUUCAGGAGCGCGUGUGCGUGAGGGGAAAGCUGACAGCACCUCCCUUCUUGCUGUGGGACUCGCUAAGAGCAAGUGGCUGGAGGAAAUUAUAGGAGAAAACAGCAUCACGAAGGCUGUCAAAUUUGGCCAGGAGAAAAACCAAGAUUGCUCCUUGCAGUACCCAGAAUGCCCCGUGUCCUUGCCUGAUAUCGUCCGUGGCUUGAUGUCCGUGGUCACGUGAGGGUCAGGGAAGGCUGGGAUUGGCUGGGAUAGGCUGAGAGAGGCUGGGAUUGGCUGGGAUUGGCUGGGAGAGGCUGGGAUUGGCUGGGAUUGGCUGGGAUUGGCUGGGAUUGGCUGAGAGAGGCUGGGAUUGGCUGGGAUAGG